CCGCUUGCUGCAGCCAUGGUCAACCCCGCCGUGUUCUUCGACAUCUCGGCCGAUGGCGAGCCCUUGGGCCGCGUCUCCUUCGAGCUGUUUGCAGACAAAGUUCCAAAGACAGCAGAAAACUUUCGUGCUCUGAGCACUGGAGAGAAAGAAUUUGGAUAUAAGGGUUCUUCCUUUCACAGGAUUAUUCCAGGAUUCAUGUGCCAGGGUGGUGACUUCACACGCCAUAAUGGCACUGGCGGCAGAUCCAUCUACGGAGAAAAAUUUGAGGAUGAGAACUUCAUCCUGAAGCAUACAGGUCCUGGCAUCUUGUCCAUGGCAAAUGCUGGACCAAACACAAACGGUUCCCAGUUUUUUAUCUGCACCACCAAGACUGAGUGGCUGGAUGGCAAACACGUGGUCUUUGGGAAGGUGAAAGAAGGCAGAAACAUUGUGGAAGCCAUGGAGCGUUUUGGGUCCAGGAAUGGCAAGACCAGCAAGAAGAUCACCAUUUCCGACUGUGGACAACUCUAA